AUGCAAGUCUUCUUGGACCGACGCUUCAGAAAGAACUAUGCCAGAGUCUACAACUCGGAGGGAUGGGCUGAUACAGCUUGGGUCAACUACGUGGCAGUGCCUUCAAAUGGCAAAGGUGUGUUUGGAAAGUUGACAGAAAGGCUGGUGGACUCUGUGCACCGCUUUUCGCAGCACCCAAUCGUUGUUGUGAACUUCGGCACGAAGGCGCCGGAGGAGCUGGAUCCCGAGAAGUUUCCCCAUCUUGUGCUGCUGCAUGCACGUGGCCUGAAGCCAAUUCCCAUAUCAUUCAACUUCAACAAGCUUCGAGCUGUUCUGCUGGCGCAGGUCAAAGUCGGAGCUUCUUUAGACUCAGACAUGCUUAUGGUUACAGCUCAAGCAGAUCAUCUCCUGAAUCGGACUGCUGAGGAAAUCACAGAGAAGUAUCCAUUUCCCAUGAUGCCAACUCAUUUUCUUGACCGUGAUGUCCGUGACAGCGACACUGCCAAGAGGUUGCACGAGGGCAACUUCCUCAGCUUUUCUUGCAAAGAUUGUCCAACGCCGACAAUGCGCUGGGGACAGGCGCAACCGACGUGGACUUACUGGUCGCUGCCCUUCCUGAGCCGCUGGCUGUCUGCAAAGGUUGCAGGACGCAAGGAGCAGGGAGUGCCAACGGCAGGCAUCGCCGAAGAUGAGGAUCUGCUCAACGUGGCUCUUUGGCAGGAGGGUGCCACAAAGGCCUGGUGCGCCUUCCAGACAGGCGGAAUCAACUUCUUGUGGGAGAACGUGGAUCCCCAGCAUCCUCCUGGGCCAUAUCCAUACUACGAGUUUCGCGACCCGCGCGUCGCCAUGCCGGCAAUGACGGUGCUUUGCAUCAUUUGGCUAAAGGCAGAGAUGACUCGAAACACAGCCUUGGUGCCGUUGGAAGAAGACUCCGAGGCAACGGCGUCCUGCAAGGCAUCAGCGACUCAAAAAGCUUUCCUCGACCAUGUUGAAGCUGGCCGCCUGGAUCGUGUGGAGGACAUGCUGGAGUUUCAUUCCGACAAAAUCGAUGUGAACUUCCAGGAUCCUGUGCAUGGCCGAACUCCCCUCAUGCUGGCUGCCCUGGCUGGAAACCUCGACCUUGUGGAGGUUUUACUUGAGGCGCGUGCCGAUCCGCAUAUUCGAGAAAGAACAGAGAUGUGCUACACCCCGCUAGAGGCCGCGCAGGUGAUCAUGGAGGAUGAGGAUGGUGACUUCGAGGAGCUCGUCCAGCUGCUCGCAAAGGCAUCGGGUUACGACCACCUACCGCCCAGGCGAAGCGACCCGGGUUACGACUUCCGCCGCUGA